ACGAUGGGAAAGUGUUAAAAAGAGGGCGUAACACUCGGGGAUAUUUGGGCUCCUGCUGAGCCUUUCUGCUUUCGUCCCCCUCCUUUUUUAUGUUCUGCCUUCUGUUCUCCUUGGCCGGUUCUGCUUUUUGUUCGGGCUGCUGUCCUUCUGGUCUCAAGAGCUUGUCUUUUUUCCUGUCUUUGCUCGGUUUUUCUUUUUCCUUUCCUUUCCUUUUCUCUUUUCCUUUCCGUUCUUUUGUCCUCUUUUAUACACUGUAUAUAGAAGUCCUAUUCCUUCCCUCCUUUGUUUCUUUCCAAAUAAAAAAAAAUGUAAUAACAGUCUCCUGAAAGAGUAAGAGAUGAGAAGAGCAGUCGGAACUUGUAGAAUGCUUGCUAGCUAUCUUGGUCAGACUUGAGACAACAACAAG